AUGUCGUGCGACUAUCAUCGUAUGACACUUCCUCUAGGGAAUGAUUUCUAUAUUUUCGUGCCAAUAUUUCUUGCACCAAAUCACGACGAUGACGAAACAGAACCAACAGUACAUGUUAUUCUACGAAUAGUUUACUUUCUGGAAAUGUUCGCAAUAGGUAUUUCCAUGCCACUUCAUGGUCUUCUACUGAGAGCACUGACAAGAACAACGCUUUUCCAUGGUAAUUUACGCAAAAUUGCACAGGCUCACUCAUUAACCUACUACGCCGGUGUAGCUGGUCGUAUCGUACUUUUCCUUUAUCAGAACGAUAUUCUGUACUACGACGACUACAUCAUCUCAAAAAUCCCAUUGAUAUUGGCAGCUCUGUUGCGGCUAUGGUUUUUCAUAGUUAGCGCUGGGUUCUUGGAUGCCGCUAUUAUCGAAAGGAUCUACGCCUCAUACUUUGUUGUCGAUUAUGAGAAGACGUCACGUGCAUGGAUAUCAUCAAGUAUUAUUACGUUUGAAUUCAUCUCAUCGAUGUUGUUGGCGUCAACUUUCAUGCUAGCUUAUAGAAAAUAUUCGGGUUAUCAAGGCGAGUUCUACUUAAUUUUUAACAGCAUGAAUCUUUUCUUUCACUGUGCGUCGCUGCCUAUAGUUGGGUCAAAACGACAUGAGGUAGUUAUGGUUACAGUAGGCGUUUUCGCUUGCCUUAUAAUAUUCAUUUUGAUACUACUGACAGUGACUUUCGUCACUUUCUGCAAUGAACCGCACAAAGCAGAACUCAGCUUUGCUGUUGUUGAUCUGUUUAUUGCAUUAUCUGCUGUGGGAAUAUUCCUGGUAUUCACAAUGAUUCUACGUGAAUGGAAACGAUCUAUACGACUAUGCUUAAACAUCCCUGUUCCAAGCUGCUGCCGUAGAGUUGGAUUUUUCAAAAGCAAACGCAUUGGGACAACCGAAACCCAAGACAGUGUUGCGGAUCAAUACUUCGAUCGACUAAGGAAAGCUUGGCACGUAUAA